AUGCAACUACGCGCUCUUUUAAGAGAUAACGACGUCUGCGAUGUGGUGUCUACUCUAUGGAUGAUCAUGCCUGGAGUUCGCGAAGUUUGGUCUUUCCUUACUACCUUUCCAGUCAACAAGAAUGGUGAGGGAAGGUCAAUUCAGUGGCGCGUCGACGGGGAUUACGUGCCAGAUCGAGUGCGAUUCAGGCUAGUCGAAUCGCUUGUUGAUGAUGCGUCGGAUAAGUUGAGGGGCGGAUUGGCGCUAGAUGAAGAAAUUGAGUUGGACAGUGACGGUGAGCGAAUGAGCAGCAUUGAGAGUUACGUGGUGUCAAUUGAAAAAGUUGGUCAGUUCACCAGAGAGCAACUGGAAGCUAUGAAAUCCUUGUGGGGGCUACAAGAUACUUGUCGCAAUGCUGUUCUUUGCUGUACCUGGUUAAAUAGCACUGUUAAACCCGCGGUCAGUGACCCCGCUUCAGCGGGUAUUAUAAUGGGAAAGAUACUGGAGUGUUGGCCGUAUACAUCGCUGGUUGGGUUCGGAUUCGACCUGACGUACAACAAUCUCUUUUGCUUUCGAGAUUCCGCUUGGCUAAACGAUAAUGCCAUGCGUGCUUUUGCGGUUUCCAAAGAUGCCAAGAAUGGAACCCAACCAAAGGCCACCAAAAGUCGUAUCUCUACAAGCACGCUCGACAAAGUUGGUGAAAGUGUUGCCUCGCACCAAUUCGUGCUUCUUCCUAUCAAUUUUGGUGGCACGCAUUGGGGAUGCCUCGUGGUUGACCGAGAUACCAAGGUUAUCAAGAUGUACGACAGCAUGGGCGGUAAGAGAAACAAGAAACGGUUGCAGAAGAUGGCUGAAGAAAUCCGUACUGGGCCUCUACGUGACGAUUCCUACGAAGCUUUGGAAGUAACCGAGCCGGUGCAAACGAACAGUGACAGUUGCGGUGUGUUUGUGUGCCGGUUUUUCUGGACUUGUGUGAGCAGCGAAUCCCCCAGCGAUGUGUCCCCAGCUGGUAUUACGAAGCUGAGGUGGGAGAUGCUGCACGCAGUCACGAAGCUGAGGCCGCGCUAG